ACCCCGAAGAGCCGGAACGGAGCCUCCGAGGAGACCCCGAACGGGAGCCUCCGAGGAGACCCCGAAGAGCCGGAACGGAGCCUCCGAGGAGCCCCCGAAGAGCCGGAACGGAGCCCCCGAGGAGCCCCCGAAGAGCCGGAACAGAGACCCCGAGGAGCCCCCGAAGAGCCGGAACGGAGCCUCCGAGGAGCCCCCGAAGAGCCGGAACGGAGCCUCCGAGGAGCCUCCGAAGAGCCGGAACGGAGCCUCCGAGGAGACCCCGAGGAGUCCCCGGAGGAGCCGCGACGGAGCUGGAACAGAGCCCCCCGAGGAGCCCCCGAGAAGCCAGAACGGAGCCUCCGAGGAGCCCCCGCCGCCCCGGAACGGAGCCCCGGAACGGAGUCCCCGAGGGGCUCCCCGAAGAGCCGGAACAGAGCCCCCCGAGAAGCCAGAACGGAGCCCCCGGAGGAGCCACUGACGCCCCGGAACGGAGUCCCCGAGGAACCGCCACGGAGCCCCCCGAAGAGCCGCGGGAGGAGCCGCGACGGAGCUGGAACAGAGCCCCCCGAGGAGCCACCGCCACCCCGGAACGGACCCCCCGAGGAGCCGCCGGAGGAGCCCCCGAGGGGCUGGAACAGAGCCCCCCGAGAAGCCAGGAUGGAGCCUCCGAGGACCCCCGGAGGAGCCACCGCCGCCCCCGAGGAGUCCCCGGAGGAGCCCCCGAGGAGCCGCCGGAGGAGCCACCACGGAGCUGGAACAGAGCCUCCGGAGGAGCCACCGCCGCCCCAGAACGGAGCCCCCGAAGAACCUCCGAGGAGCCGGAACGGAGCUGGAGCGGAGCCCCCGAGGAGCCAACGGAGGCGCCCGAGGAACUGCGACCCCGAAGCGGAGGAACCGCCGCCGGAGGAGGAGCGCGAGGGGGGACGGGGGGAGACGGGGGGGGGGGGGGAGCGAACCAAUAAAGCCAUCGGUGACCCGACGGGAUGGACACCCCCAUAG